AACUGGCAAGGGAACUGAAUUUUUCAGUGGAUGAAAUCAAUCAAAUACGUGUGGAAAAUCCAAAUUCUUUAAUUUCUCAAAGCUUCAUGUUAUUAAAAAAAUGGGUUACCAGAGACGGAAAAAAUGCUACAACUGAUGCCUUAACUUCGGUCUUGACAAAAAUUAAUCGAAUAGAUAUAGUGACUCUCCUAGAAGGACCAAUAUUUGAUUAUGGAAAUAUUUCAGGCACCAGAAGUUUUGCAGAGGAGAACAAUGUUUUCCAUGACCCUGUUGAUGGUUAUCCUUCCCUUCAAGUGGAACUGGAAACUCCCACAGGGUUGCACUACACACCACCCACCCCUUUCCAGCAAGAUGAUUAUUUUAGCGAUAUCUCUAGCAUAGAGUCUCCCCUUAGAACCCCCAGUAGACUGAGUGAUGGGCUAGUGCCUUCCCAGGGGAACAUAGAGAAUUCAGCAGAUGGACCUCCAGUUGUAACUGCAGAAGACACUUCCUUAGAAGACAGCAAACUUGAAGACUCAAUGCCUUUAACAGAAAUGCCUGAUGCAGUGGAUGUAGAUGAGAGCCAGUUGGAGAAUGUAUGUCUAAGUGAGUAUCCUCAAUACCUCGGAAGUAUGGCUGGGGUCCCAAAAGAUGUUAAACCAGCAGAGCCAUUCAAACAGCCUAGUAAAAUAGGAGUAAGCUCUGAGCAGCAAGAGAAAGGAAAAUCUGGUCCUGAUGAGGAGAUGACGGAAGAAAAACUCAAAUCUCUAUUUGAGGACAUUCAACUUGAAGAAGGAGUAGAGUCUGAGGAGAUGACAGAAGAAAAAGUACAGGCUAUUCUUAAACGUGUUCAGCAAGCAGAACUGGAAAUGUCUUCAAUUUCAGGUUGGCAGAACGAGACAUCAAGUGGAAACCUAGAGUCCUCUGCUCAAGCUCGAAGAAUAACUGGUGGGUUACUAGAACGGCUGGAUGACAGCCCUGAUCAGUGUCGAGAUUCUAUUACCUCAUAUCUCAAAGGAGAACCUGGGAAAUUUGAAGCAAAUGGGAGCCAUGCAGAAAUCACUCCAGAGGCAAAGACAAAAUCCUACUUUCCAGAAUCCCAAAAUGAUGUAGGGAAACAGAGUGCUAAGGAAACUCUGAAACCAAAAAUACAUGGAUCUGGUCGUGUGGAGGAACCAGCAUCAUCACUAGCAGCCUAUCAGAAAGCUCUAGAAGAAACCAACAAGUUUGUAAUUGAAGAGCCUAAACCCUGUGUGCCUGUCAGUAUGAAAAAGAUGAGUAGGACUCCUGCAGAUGGCAAGCCAAGGCUUAACCUGCACGAAGAAGAGGGGUCCAGUGGGUCUGAGCAAAAGGUCAAAAGUCCGGGUGCGGCUCUUACACGGAUGACUGCUUGCUGUUACAAGGACUUGAAAGACAGUGAGAGUGAUUCGAGCUCAGAGGAAGAACGGAGAGUCACUACCCGCGUUAUUCGCCGGCGUUUGAUUAUAAAGGGAGAGGAAGCAAAAAGCAUUCCUGGUGAAUCUGUCACAGAAGAGCAAUUUACUGAUGAAGAAGGCAACCUCAUCACCAGAAAAAUCACUCGGAAAAUAAUAAGACGAAUUGCUAUCCCACAAGAGAGAAAACAUGAUGACAUGGUAAUGGAGAGGGGCUGCCAAAGAAAAAGUAGAGGAUAAUUGCUUUGUGAACUUUCUAGAACAUGCUGCUAACAGGCUGGCAUCUGCAGUGUGGCAGCUUGAAGUGUUUGCUGCUUUUGACAACCUGUGCAUUUGAUCAGGGUCAAGGAAAAAGACUUUUCUUCUUAACCUUCUUUAACAUUAUAUAUUUUUUACUGUCUUCAGAGUUUUCACAGAGAUAGGUUCAUUUAUGGAGGGUAGAAUGUGCUGGUCCAAGCAUGUAAGAGAAAUAAAAUAAAAACCCUCUAUCACCACCAGCCCCCUGGGCAG